GAGAAACCAGAUAUACAAACCAAGCAAAUUGGACUUUGACUCAAAGCGGCGGCUGCAACUGGUUUGUAGCUUUCGGAAAAUCCGAGAAACCCGGUUCUGCGUUUGUGGGUGGGUGAGAGAAAGAGAGAGAUGCCGAAGAGGACGACGCACACGUACUCGAGCGAAGACGCGGCUCCCGACGGUCCCGACUCCGAUCUCUUUGUUUACUACUGCAAGCACUGCGGCUCUCACGUCCUCAUCACUGAUACCCAGUUGCAGAAAACGCCCAAGAGGAAGACCGACAGGGCAUGUGUGCUGGACAAGAACAAGCAUCUUGCUCGAUUGAAUGUCCAAGAGGCUGGCAAAAUUCUCUUGAAACGGGGUGAGGGUAAGCUAGAGAAGCAAUUUCGCAUGAACUGUAUAGGUUGCAGCCUGUUCGUCUGCUACCGAGCUGAGGAAGAUCUGGAAACUGCUUCGUUCAUUUAUAUCAUAGAUGGGGCAUUGAGUACUGUUGCUGCAGAAACAAAUCCCCAGGAUGCUCCUGUUCCUCCCUGCAUAUCACGGUUAGAGGGAGGACUCGUUCAAGUGGCUAUAGAAGUGGAAGCUGCAGCACAACGCUCUGCAAUCACAAGAGUGAAUGCUGAUGAUGUUCGUGUAACAAUAGCUGCACCUGCAGCCCGGGGAGAAGCUAAUAAUGAACUCUUGGAGUUCAUGGCAAAAGUGUUGGGUCUGAGACUUAGCCAGAUGACUCUACAGAGGGGAUGGAAUAACAAAUCAAAGCUCCUUGUGGUUGAAGACUUGUCAGCGAGACAGGUGUACGAGAAGCUACUUGAAGCUGUGCAACCUUGAAGUUGUUUCAUUGAGGCAUUUUUAGAUCUCCCAACAUUUUUGUACUCAAUUGCAGUUAUUCGUGCAAUUUUUAAUCUAACCCUCUUGUAAAAGUUUUUCACUCUGGAUGACCAUAGGACACAAAGGGAUGGUUCAUGAGAUUAUCAGGGUAAAAGCAGGAACAUCCUUUUGAGGCAUCUCAUAGUCCAUUUGAAAGUAUCCAUAGUUUAUGUGAGCUGACAGAGUUGCUUUGUCUGGUGAUGGCUUGACAUGUUGGCUUUGUGAAUACCACAAGGUGAAUUGGAUUAACAGUCCAUUUAUGGCCUUCACGGUUACCCCUGUUCAUUGGACAACAGAUAAGAGCAUCAUUCACUGAACUUACGGGGUAUCUGUUCGUACUAGCAUAAGGAUUCUAUGAAAAAAGCAUAGGAUAAUCCCCUGCAGUAGAAGAAAUCUGCUGAGUUAAGUUUAAGAUUAGCUUAGGUCCAAACUUUUAUUUUCGUUUUCAUCUGCAGACGGCAAAAUAAUUUAACUUGUUUUGGUUUAGCUAAA